AUGUCUGGUCGUGGAAAAGGCGGGAAAGGCUUGGGCAAGGGAGGCGCCAAGAGGCAUCGCAAGGUGCUUCGUGACAACAUCCAGGGCAUCACGAAGCCUGCAAUCCGCCGCCUGGCUCGCCGUGGCGGAGUCAAGCGCAUCUCGGGCUUGAUCUACGAGGAGACCCGCGGCGUCCUGAAGGUCUUUCUGGAGAAUGUAAUCCGAGAUGCCGUGACUUACACUGAGCAUGCCAAGAGGAAGACUGUGACCGCCAUGGAUGUCGUGUACGCUCUGAAGCGCCAGGGCCGCACUCUGUACGGCUUUGGUGGCUAA